AUGCAGAGCUGGAUGUGCCCUGUGACCAGGCUGCCCUCCUCUCUGCUGCACUCCUCCAGCUACCUUCCUGCCAGCUCUGCUCAGAGCCCUGAGCCUCAAGUAGCUGUGGUAGCAAGGCACACCCUCUGGGCUGAAGCCCUCACCCAGAGAUCCCAGCAACCACCUAAAUCUCAGCACAGAGCAAUUUUUGAUGAAUCUGCCAAAAAGGAUGAUGAGGUGUUUCGAAUGGCAGUUGCUGAUCUUAACCAGAAUGAGGAGAUCUUACAGACAGAGAAAAUCACAUUUUCUGUGACAUUUGUAGAUGGCAACAACCCCUUUCAAGCAGUUCAAGAAGCCUGUGACCUCAUGAACCAAGGCAUCUUGGCCCUUGUCAGCUCCAUUGGCUGUACAUCAGCUGGAUCACUCCAAUCUUUGGCAGAUGCCAUGCACAUCCCUCACCUCUUCAUUCAGAGGUCAACAGCUGGAACCCCAAGAAGUGGCUGUGGACUAACCCGGAGCAAUAGAAAUGAUGACUAUACACUGUCUAUCCGUCCACCCGUCUAUCUUAAUGAUGUUAUUUUAAGAGUGGUCACAGAAUAUGCCUGGCAGAAAUUCAUUAUUUUCUAUGAUAAUGAUUAUGAUAUCCGUGGAAUACAGGAGUUUCUGGACAAAGGGUCUCAGCAGGGGAUGGAUGUGGCACUGCAGAAAGUAGAAAAUAACAUCAAUAGAAUGAUCACCACACUCUUUGAUACUAUGAGAAUAGAGGAAUUAAACCGUUAUCGAGACACUCUUAGACGAGCCAUUCUUGUGAUGAAUCCUUCUAUGGCCAAAUCCUUCAUUACAGAGGUUGUGGAGACUAAUUUGGUUGCUUUCGACUGUCACUGGAUCAUUAUAAAUGAGGAAAUAAAUGAUGCUGAUGUACAGGAACUAGUGAGAAGAUCAAUUGGAAGGUUAACAAUUAUUCGGCAGACAUUUCCAGUACCCCAGAAUAUAAGUCAGAGAUGUUUCCGUGGCAACCAUCGCAUAUCUUCAACAUUGUGUGAUCCCAAAGACCCAUUCUCUCAAAAUAUGGAGAUCUCAAAUCUUUACAUAUAUGACACAGUCCUUCUGCUUGCCAAUGCUUUUCACAAGAAGUUAGAAGACCGGAAGUGGCAUAGCAUGGCAAGUUUGACAUGUAUCAGAAAGAACUCUAAGCCCUGGCAAGGAGGGAGGUCCAUGCUGGAUACCAUCAAAAAGGGAGGAGUAAGUGGAUUGACUGGUGAUUUAGAAUUUGGAGAAAAUGGUGUCAAUCCCAAUGUACAUUUUGAAAUUCUGGGAACCAACUAUGGAGAAGAUCUUGGUAGAGGUGUCCGUAAGCUUGGCUGCUGGAAUCCUGUCACGGGUCUGAACGGUUCAUUGACAGACAAAAAACUGGAAAAUAACAUGCGUGGAGUAGUUCUUCGUGUGGUGACUGUUCUGGAAGAACCAUUUGUGAUGGUAUCAGAAAAUGUCUUGGGUAAACCGAAGAAAUACCAAGGCUUCUCCAUCGAUGUUCUGGAUGCUUUAUCUAAUUACCUGGGCUUUAACUAUGAAAUUUAUGUUGCACCAGAUCAUAAGUAUGGGAGUCCCCAAGAAGAUGGCACUUGGAAUGGACUAGUUGGAGAAUUAGUGUUUAAGAGAGCUGACAUAGGAAUUUCUGCAUUAACCAUAACUCCAGAUCGUGAAAAUGUGGUAGAUUUUACAACCCGUUACAUGGACUACUCUGUGGGUGUGCUGCUGCGCAGGGCUGAAAAGACAGUGGAUAUGUUUGCCUGCCUUGCCCCAUUUGACUUCUCUUUGUGGGCUUGCAUUGCUGGCACUGUACUCCUUGUGGGACUCCUGGUUUACCUCUUAAAUUGGCUUAACCCCCCAAGAUUACAAAUGGGAUCGAUGACUUCUACCACCCUCUACAAUUCAAUGUGGUUUGUGUAUGGAUCCUUUGUUCAGCAAGGUGGUGAAGUCCCUUACACAACCCUGGCCACUCGGAUGAUGAUGGGAGCAUGGUGGCUGUUUGCAUUGAUUGUCAUCUCAUCAUACACAGCUAACCUUGCAGCUUUCCUCACCAUCACACGGAUUGAAAGCUCCAUCCAGUCUCUCCAGGAUCUGUCGAGGCAAACAGAUAUUCCUUAUGGCACUGUCUUGGACUCUGCAGUCUAUGAGCAUGUUCGCAUGAAGGGGAUGAAUCCUUUCGAGAGGGAUAGUAUGUAUUCCCAAAUGUGGCGAAUGAUUAACCGAAGUAAUGGAUCGGAGAACAAUGUAUUAGAAUCUCCAGCAGGAAUUCAAAAGGUGAAAUAUGGAAAUUAUGCUUUUGUGUGGGAUGCAGCUGUACUGGAAUAUGUGGCCAUCAAUGACCCAGACUGCUCCUUUUAUACUGUUGGGAAUACCGUUGCUGAUAGAGGAUACGGAAUUGCACUGCAGCAUGGCAGUCCUUACCGGGACGUUUUUUCACAAAGAAUCCUAGAACUUCAACAGAAUGGAGACAUGGAUAUUCUGAAGCAUAAGUGGUGGCCAAAGAAUGGCCAAUGUGACUUGUACUCUUCUGUGGACACUAAACAGAAAGGCAGCGCCCUGGACAUAAAGAGCUUUGCCGGCGUCUUCUGCAUUCUAGCAGCAGGGAUUGUUCUCUCCUGCUUCAUAGCAAUGCUGGAAACCUGGUGGAACAAGAGGAAAGGCUCCCGGGUCCCAUCAAAAGAGGAUGACAAGGAAAUUGACCUGGAGCACCUCCACAGACGUGUCAAUAGCUUGUGCACAGACGAUGACAGUCCCCAUAAACAGUUUUCCACCUCAUCAAUUGAUUUGACUCCUCUGGACAUUGACACAUUGCCAACUCGACAAGCACUGGAACAAAUCAGCGAUUUCAGGAACACUCAUAUUACCACAACUACCUUCAUCCCAGAGCAAAUCCAGACUCUUAGCCGUACACUGUCAGCUAAGGCUGCUUCGGGUUUCUCGUUCGGCAACGUGCCUGACCACCGAACUGGGCCUUUCAGGCACAGGGCACCCAAUGGCGGCUUUUUCAGGAGUCCCAUCAAAACAAUGUCAUCCAUCCCCUAUCAACCGACUCCUACUCUUGGGCUGAACCUUGGUAAUGACCCAGACCGAGGUACCUCCAUAUGA